UCCCUCACAGCUCUGGAUGCACAACAAGCCAUCAGUAUGUCUGCAGACGACUAUGGGAUCCUUGCCUUGGAUAAAGCAGAGAAUUUGGCACGAGGAGCAGCUCUCAAAUGGGCUUCUGGGAUAUUUUGUCGUUCAGAUCAACUAGCUAGACUUGGGCAUUACAGGAGACGUGAGACUCAGCGCAAUAGUUCCAUACAAUCUAGACUGAAGUCAGCAGUGCAAUCUUACGUGGAAGGGGUAGAGCAAGGUGUAUCACAGCUCCGCUCAUCACUCACUGAGGUAAAAGAGGUGCAGAAAUCUCUCAGAGAGGCUCAGGACAUCUGGAAGGGCAGUGAGGAGCUUCUCACCAGUCUACAGCCGUUACGAAACCUGAUGACCGAGCAUGUGCAGCUGACGGUGGUUAUCCAGAGCCUGCCAUACAUCUACACAGUUCCAGAAAUUAUUUGUCAGACUCAAAGUCUUAUUAAUAGCCAACAUUUCCUGGAAGUUCACCUCCAUUUAAGGGAACUGGAAAGUCUACGGGAUGAUGUUCUGUAUCGACUGCAGAGGGUAAGCCCUGCAACAGAAAGCACCAAUUGCACUUCUAAUUACAAUACAGAUGCAGCUAAGCUGGUUCAGGAGUUCUUUGCUGGGGUGCAGGAGCUGAGUGAGGAGUUGGGUCGCACUCUGUUCUCUCUAGCCCACUCGGCAAUGAGCUUGGCUUCCUCUGAUCCGACUACCCUAGUCUCUGCUGUCCGCAUAAUUGAACGUGAAGAGAAUCUGGAUGCUGCAGAGUCAAGGGGACCACAACGACACCCAUGGAAACCCCCAGGGCGACCCAAGCAAUGGAAAAAUGGCUUUCUUCAAGGUCUUGAGAGAGGGGUGUGUGAGAGGUUGAUAGGCUCUAGCUUGGAGGAAGAGGAGAAUAUUAACCCAACAGCUUUGGCAAAACAUUUAAAAGAACUACAGGGUCGUGCUUUGGAAGAACUUCGUGUUACAUCUUCUGUGCUUGCUCCCUGUUUUCCCCCGCAUUACGAUGUGUGUCGAACUGUGGGUAUGAUGUGUAAUCGUGUCAUUUCUCGUCAUGUUCGUGAUAUACUGAACUUUAAACUGUCCCACUCUGCAUUAUAUCAAGUUCUACACUGGACUAUUAUUGUAUACCCCAGUGAGGAGAUGAUGGGACAUCCUGAUGUGUCUCCUGAGGUGGAUUUGCAAGAACUUGGACCUCUUAUUUCUUCUAAAGCAUUGGAAGAACAGCUGAAUCGUUAUACUCGCAGUGUAAGGACAUGUUUGAGCCAAUGGAUACAGAAAGCGUUGGAAGUGGAGUAUAUGGACUGGUCUAGAGAACAAGAACCUGACAAAGAUCCAGAAGGCAUGUAUAUGUCUAGUAUGCUACUCCUCGUAAUGCAGAUGAUGGCUGAAAACAUAAAGUUAGCUUUGGUCCUUGGUGAAUCCCUGGAGAGCCGUGUAAAAAAUGCUGCUUUACAUGAGAUGGACAACUGUCUACUGUGGUUACGGGAGGCCCUGGUUAAAUAUGGCAUUGAGCAUAUGAAGGACAGAACAAUCCCCAAAUUGUAUGUCCCCUAUCUACUCGCCACAAUAAAUGGCUGCACUGCUCUAAGUUCAUCAAUCUCGUAUCUCCAGCCAGACAACCCAGUCAGUCCUGUUUUCAAAAAAGCAGUGCCUUGCCUGAAGACCUCACUUGACAAGACGCAGAAGAAGGCCUGUCACCUCCUUUUCGAUGAAAUACAGAUAGAGCUCCAGCCCCUAUUCCUACAGAUUCCAUCUCGUCCUUGGCUUUCAGGAUCAGAUAUCAUGCACAGGAUCUGUGAGAAAGUUGACAAUUUCAGCCAAUAUCUGUCACAAGCAAAAGCUCCAAUGUGUCAGUUCCUGAUAAUACAGAUGGAGAGGAUGCUGGUCAUUGAAUAUGUCAAGGGGUUUAUGCACAACAAGAUGGUGUGUAAAAGCUCUGGGGAGAGAAUUCAGAUGACAGAAAGGAUGUCCAGAGAUGCAGAAGGGCUUAGAGUUACACUCACUAGAAUGGGUUUGGAAGAAUCCACUCUUUGUGUCCCUCUAAUAUUGUCUCUUCAGGAAAUGUUUGCCCUGAAGGAUCCAUCUUUACUCUGCCUAGAAGUGUCUGGCUUAAUGACCACAUAUCCAGAUAUCAGUGAUGACCAUGUACUGGCGUUACUUGAGGUGCGAGGUGAUGUGAGCAGAGAUCUCCGGCACACAGUGAUGAAUAUGAUGCGACAGCAAGCGCUGACCCUACCGGAGGAUUACCAUCCAAUCUUUAUGAGUAUAUCAGUGCCUGCUCCUGCCUCUCCAUUCUGCCUCCACCCCAGCUCCUGCGCAUAACGAGAAAGGACAGCAAGCCUCACUCUGGGAAAUAAACCAAAGAAUAUAAUAUGACCUUAUACUGUAAUUGUAUAAAAUUAUAUAAUAAUGAACCUCUUUAACUAGAAAUGUAAAUCUUUAAACUAAAGAGGUUGCUCCCUAAUAAACAUAAAUACGGAAAAUCA